GCAUAAUAGGUACGAAAAGUAGCGAAAAUCGUGCGUGUGUCACAAAAAAAUAUUUUUCAAUUAAUAAAAUUCCACUCCUUACAUCCUCGUAUAAAUAAUACACAUUUGAGUUUGUAACUUUCUGUAUUUGAAUGUUUUAUAAAACCGCCAUCUAUUUCUCGUUUUUGAUUCCCGAAUGAGCAAUUCGAAUAGUCUUUUCAGUCUCCUCGGUGACUAUGUAAAUCGAUGUAAAUCAAGAUCAAUCAAAAUAAUGGAAGACUAUUUUGAGAGUGCGAGACGAGUAACGAACCGUGAAAAGUACCUUUCAACUGGUUGUUCGAAAUUCGACGAGCUCCUUCAAGGUGGUAUCUCUAACCGCGGGAUUACACAAAUUUACGGAGCUGCAGGUACAGGGAAAACGCAAAUAGCUUUGCAAUUAUGUUUGACAGUGCAGUUACCCGAAGCAGAAGGUGGUUUUUCUGCGGGUGCUGUAUACAUAUGUACUGAAUGUGGAUUUCCGUCGACAAGAUUGCAGGAAUUAUUACAGAAAUUGGAAACGAUUAAAAAUUUUGGAGUAAACGGAGACUGCAUAUUCGUUGAACAUGUUUCAACCAUCAAAAACUUGGAAACAUGUUUGCUCCAUAGAGUUCCAAUAUUAAUGUCUGCAAAAAAGAUUGGUUUGAUAAUUGUAGAUUCUAUUGCUGCUCCGUACAGAGCUGAGGAUUGGCAGGACGAAUCUACACACAGAGCACAAAGUUUGAGAACAAUUGGUCAACAGUUACACAAGUUGUGUACGACGUACAACAUCUGUGUUGUCUGUAUCAAUCAGGUAGCAGGGACAGUGUGUAGCAAUGUUCUUAAUGAUAACUCGAGUGAAAUACCAGCUUUAGGAGCAACCUGGACAAGUAUGGUAACUAAUUCCAUACAAUUGUAUAGAAAUGGUUCUUCAAGGUAUGCCACUGUCAAGUUGUCAUCGAACGUACCAGAAGUAACUAUUCCAUUUGAGGUUCAAGCGUGUGGAAUCAAGGCAGUAAAUUGAAUGAAACAAUAAAAAUCUAAAAAGCUUAAAAUUUAUCUUGAUUCAUAAGAUUAUAAAUGUCAGAAAAUACAUCUUCGUCCAA